AUAAGGCCCCUACAGUUUCACAACCACUCCGGCACCUACCGCUACCGGAACCGCUCACACGUUAUAUUUUCCUUUUUCAAUUCCCAUUCUUCAACAGCCUGUGAGUCACACCACCGCCUUAUCUCAAAACCCCCCCAAAAAAAUGUUGUAAAUAUCAAUCAAAUUUCCCAAAGAUGGAGGGUUGGUUCUCAUCUUCAACCUCACCCACUGACGAUCAGCAGAAACCACCUUCCUCUUCUUCUUCAUCCUCCUUGCUAGCUGAUUGGAACUCAUACGCUACAUCUCAGCAGGAGCAAGACCCUUCCAAUUCCACCAUCAGCUUCGAUCUUGAAUCCGCUGUUAGAUCUGCUAACAACACUGUCACCGGCACUUUCAGCGUGGUGUCUAAAAGUGUGAGAGAUAUACCUGGAAACUUCUCAUCUGCGACUAGCAAUGUUCCUUCUGGAAAAGCUCUCCUGUAUUUUGGUUUAUUUCUGGCCAGCGGUGUCUUUUUCAUUUUCAUUGCAUUUACCUUGUUCCUGCCUAUCAUGGUGGUUAUGCCCCAAAAGUUCGCUAUAUGCUUUACGCUUGGGUGUGGGUUUAUUAUUGGAUCGUUCUUUGCUCUGAAAGGGCCAAAGAAUCAGCUUUCUCACAUGAUGUCGAAGGAGAGGCUCCCAUUCACACUGGGGUUCUUAUGCAGUAUGAUUGGCACCAUUUACGUAUCGAUGGUGUUACACAGCUACAUUCUCUCUGUUGUAUUCUCUGUUGUACAGGUUCUUUCACUUGGAUACUAUGCUAUAUCAUAUUUUCCUGGUGGAUCUGCUGGAAUGAGAUUUCUGACUUCUGCUUUAACAUCCAGAAUAAUGACUUGUUUUGGGAGGUGAUUUGGUUUUGGUUAUUACUUUUUUGGGGGGGAAGGAGGGGGGUGUGGGAUCUAAACUUGUCUAUAAAUUGCUGAAACUUUGAACUGACACAGGACAGGAUAAUGCUGAGUUGAAAAAUCA